AUGAGCGCAACACUUCAACCAUAUUUGGACGCCGUUCGGCACACGUUAGAAGCCGCACUAUGUCUGGAACAGUUCAGUUCUCAAGUUGUUGAGCGGCAUAACAAGCCAGAGGUUGAAGUGCAAACAUCGCGUGAACUUCUUAUGACUCCGGUUGUCGUUGCAAGAAAUAAGCAAGAGCGCGUUUUAAUUGAGCCAUCGGUCAAUUCAGUGAGAAUCUCAAUUGCGAUUAAGCAAUCCGACGAGAUCGAGAAAAUCUUGUGCCACAAAUUCACUCGCUUUAUGUGUCAGCGUGCCGACAAUUUCUUCGUGCUUCGCCGAAAACCAAUUGCUGGCUAUGAUAUCUCAUUUCUGAUCACCGCUUCGCACACUGAGGCGAUGUUCAAGCACAAGCUCGUCGACUUCUUGCUUCACUUCAUGCAGGAAAUCGACAAAGAGAUUAGUGAAAUGAAAUUGUCGCUGAAUGCCAGAGCUCGUGUCUCCGCCGAAGAGUUCCUUAAACGCUUUAACUAA